AUGGGCAGAGAUGUGUUCCUGACCAGGCUCGUUCUCGGCCGGUCGUCACAUGAGUCUCCAGAGCAGCUCCCCCCCAAUCGAAGCACGUCCGCUCCCCAGGAUCAGACACCUCAAUAUGACGAGCGCGGCCAUCCGGUGAACCCAAGGGCCCGCGCCUUGGGCAGAGCCCUAAGAGAUGCUCAGAACGACAUUCUUGCCGCAGUAGGCGUGGUUGAGCGCAAGCGCGUCCACAUUGCCGGAUUCCCGCUGCCCCCGCCCAAGGAUCCCUCUGUCAUGAAGCAGGUUGAAGCCGAGGAUCUCAGCGGCACCCUCGUCGCCAUCUUCGGCACUUUGACGCGUUAUGCAGGCACCUGGUGGGUGGGCGCGUUGCAAGACCGCGUGCUUACCUAUGACUAUCCCCUCGAGCUUUCGUUCUGGGAACUGGUCGGAGCCCAGCUGAGGUCCGAAGGGUCGGCCGCCUUCUUGUUUGCUGGACUCCCUGCCCAGCUUAUUUCCAUGAUCAUGAACGACGGGGAUCUGUGGGCCUCCUUCAUCGUUUCGCUCGUCGACGAUGCCGUAUUUCGGUCAAACCUCUCGCGGAAAAGCCGAGUGGCUAUCCUCCGACGGAAACCUUGGAUCCGAAAGCUCAUAGCCAUAUCCAUCGAGGUUGCCUUUGCACCCAUCGUCCUUCAUGCUGCCUACCAGAGGCUCUUCCUGGCUCCGCCAUCGCAACUGUUGCCACGCUUGCAAACCUUCAACCCGUUCUCUGCAUCGUCGCCUCUUCAGGCCGUUGCAGUCCCAGAGCAUCUCCGCCUCGGAGGUGUGACGGGCUGGCUGAGCGCUCUCUCAGCCUCGCCGGUGGUUUUGGUCAUCGCCUGGAGGCGCUCGAUGGCCAACCAAUACACCGCCGACGAGGCCACAGAGAGACGCAGGUUCCUUGAAAAGGACGCCAAAGAUAGCCAGCAAACCAAUCACACCUGGUCGAACUGGUUCUUCACCUGCCUCAACUGGAGCUGGCGCAUAGACGCUGCAUCGGGAGCUACCGGAAAUGUCAUCGAUAGAACUCCGCGGAGAAACCACGACGCGCGGUGA